AUGACUCAUGAAGUAUAUGUGAAGUUGAAAGUGAGGAACGCUGCUUUUAAGUCUGGUGAUAUGGGGGCUCUUAGAACAGCCAGAGCUGAUUUGAACUGGGCUAUAAGACCAGCAAAGUGGGCUUAUGGUCAGAAAGUUCAGAAUUUCUUUCAAGACUCUACAAAUACCAGGCAGAUGUGGCAGGAUAUUCAGACUAUUACAGAUUAUAAGGCUACUCCGACAUCAUGUGAGGAGAAUAUAGAUUUUCUUAAUGAACUUAAUAGGUGUUUUGGUAGGUUUGAAGCAUUUAACAAUAUUCCUGCAAGGAAGGUUGUAUCUCAUCCUGACAAGCAGGCACCUACCCUUGAUAUAGUGGACGUUCAGAGGACCCUGAGAAAAAUUAAUAUUCGAAAAGCAGCGGGCCCAGAUAAUAUUUCAGGGCGGGAACUGAGGGACUGUGCUGAACAGCUGGCCAGUGUCCUCACAGACAAAUUCAAAAUUUCCUUGCACCAGGCUGUGGUCCCGGAUCUCCAGGAUGGCAUUGGGAGUCAGCAAGCUGUUGUCAGAACUUUGAACAUAGAUGGAGACAAGAUCAUUGAACAAUCAUCAGCAACAGAUGCCAGCAUUUUAAAAGAAAAAUUGGACAGCUUGAAUUUCCGAUGGAAGGAAGUCUGCAGGCAGCUGGCAGAGAGAAAAAAGAGGUUUGACGAGGAACAGCAUCUUCUGACAGAAUUACAGUAUAAUUUCAAUAAGUUUAUUUUAUGGUUAAACGAAGCCAGUAGUGUUGCCAACAUUCCGCUAGAGCCAGGAAAUGAAGAUCAAUUAAAAGACACCCUUCAAAAAGUAAAGUUAAGAGUGGAAGAACUACCUCCACACAAAGGAAUACUAAACCAAUUAAAUGAAGCUGGAGGAAAGAUACUCAGUAGUGCAUCACUGAGUCCUGAAGUAAAACAUAAGCUUGACAGUAGACUCAAAGAGGCUAACCAUCGCUGGAUCAAGGUAUCCAAAGAUCUGCCUGAGAAAGAGAAAGAAAUUGAAUGUAUGUUAAAUAACUUGAAUCAGUUUGAACAACAUUUAAGUCAGCUAAGAUUGUGGCUUACUCCCAUCAAAGAUCAACUGGUACUAUACAAUCAAGUGGAUCAACCUGGAGCUUUUGACAUUAAGGAAAUUGAAGCAGCCAUAAAAUCUAAACAGCCAGAUGUGGAAGGAAUUUUGUCUAAAGGGCGUCAUUUAUAUAAAGAAAAACCAGCCACUCAACCAGUAACGAAAAAAUUGGAGGAUUUAAACACUGACUGGAAAAUAGUAAACUGUUUAAUCCAAGCACUAAAGGAAAAGCCAGGGUCUGCACUUCCAGUUGUACCUUCUGGGGUUGAAACUCUAGUAACCACGGAAACGACCAUCUCCAAACAAGAAAUGCCAUCAUCUUUGCUUCUGGAGGUACCAGCCCUGGCUGAUUUCAAUAAGGCAUGGGCAGAUCUCAAUGAGUGGCUUUCUCUAUUGGAUCGAAUGAUAAAAUCUCAGAUAGUUACUGUGGGUGAUGUUGAUGAAAUCAAUGACAUGAUCAUGAAACAAAAGACAACAUUACAAGAUCUGGAACAAAGGCGCCCACAGCUGGAAGAAUUAAUAACAGCAGCUCAGAAUCUGAAAAAUAAAACCAGCAAUCAAGAGGCUCGAACAGUCAUCACUGAUCAAAUUGAAAAAAUACAAAACCAGUGGGAUGAAGUGCAGGGUCAUAUUCAGAACCGAAGACAACAGUUGCAUGAAAUGUUGAAAGAUUCCACACAAUGGUUGGAAGCAAAGCAAGAAGCUGAGCAGAUGCUAGAAUGUGCCAAAACCAAGCUUGGAAAGUGGAAGGAGAUUUCUUAUACAGUGGAAGGACUAAAGAUACAAAAUGCUGAACUCAAGCAAUUUGCAAAAGAGCUACGGCAAUGGCAUAUAAAUGUGGAUGUGGCAAAUGAUUUGGCCCUUAAACUUCUUCGGGAUUACUCAGCUGAUGACACCAGAAAAGUACAAAUAAUGACCAAUAAUAUGAAUGAUGCAUGGGCCACCAUUAAUAAUAGGUAGGACACAAUGUUUAUGAUCACACUUGUAAAAUGGAAUGAAAAUCCUGUUUCCCCAAUUCAAGAAAAUGCAUGAAAUAGUAACAAUUAAAGGCUUAAGAGAUGUGGGCAUGGUGGAAACAG